UAAACAAACGCGCGGUGGGAUGCUGCGCACAGUAUCCGCGUAGAGUCCGGAGAGAGUGGUGUGUUCGGUCGGGUGCUUCGAUUACGAUUUGGAUUUGGUGCGGUGGUGGCUGGGUGUUUUAUAGAAUUUCGCGACGCGCAGACGAAAUUAAUUUAAAAUACGCGCCUCCCGCAAACAUGACGGAAAAUAAGGGCUACAUUCCAAAUUCGAGCACUUCAGCAGAUCUCAUGCAGAGUUGGCAUAUACCACGACCCACACUAGCUCGCAGCUCUAACAGUUCGCAGGGCUCCACAUCGGGCAGCACGAACAGUACACAGAGUGCAAGAUCAGGAUCAUUAUUGUUGACGGCAGCGAAUCUCGCACACAUCCACAAAGCAACGCAACAGUCGCCGGGCAUGGCUGGGACUUCGCCCUCAACGCGCAACGAGAACAUCAAAUACUACCUGGAGAGUACCGGUAGUUUGGAUGCCUCACGUGAAGCGGCUCUCAAGUUACCCACCGCCGAUGAGUGCAAAAAAGUGGACGCUGAUGCGGCCUCAAUCGCCAGCUCCAUGCACUUCACCGUCGUUAACGUCAACAGUCGGCCGCAGGUGCGGACGCGGAGCUUCUGCAAGAAGCAUCAGCUCUCCGUUCUCGUUGUCACCAUGUCAGCCAUCUUUACUAUAGGAAUAAUUACGGCCGUUUUUCUACUUGAAAUGAGAGCGAAGAGAAUGUCGUAUUAGUGGCAUUAGAAACCAAUUAGUUACCAAUGAGCUUAACCGGCUGCACUAAUAAAUUAUUUAAAACAAAUUUACUAAACGUCGAAGAUUCGCCGUCGAUGAUGAAGAUGAUGCUGGAUCAAAUCGAACGCUGGACGUAUUUAAACUGUAUUUAAUGUAGGCUUAGUCAUGUUUUAGUUUCUAGUUGUAUAAUUAGUCAAAGUAUUCGAAAUUAAUUAAUAUCGUGCGACCAAAUUCUUAUUUUACCACUGAUGAGAAGCGAUUCGAGCACGUUUUUAUAAGCGCAAACGCCAAUGUUCUUAAUAUUGUGUACUGUGAUAUUUGAUGUUAGCAAUAAGACUUUUUUGAAGAUUUUUUGUAAACCAAAUCCACAUUUUGACUUUUCAUGUGAGAUUUUUAAAAAUAAAUUUUUAAAAUGUA